CUUUGCGUGGUUCUUCGUUUGACGAACACGUCCUGGUGCACAGUGGCUGAGGUUUGUGACUUUUAAGGAUCUGGUUUCCUCGUGACGAUGGAUCUAAAAGUCUGAGCAAUAGUAUCGAUAUCCUGCUUAUUGCACUUUUACCCUCUGAAAGACUGGUUUUGAGCUCGAACUUCGUCCCGGAUCAAGAAUUUUCAGGUGCUUGCUUGGCCCCUGACAGCCGGGAGCCUCGCCGAGCCUCGUGAUAGGUGGUUGGCCUCCCCUGGGACGGCGACUCAGCGGCGAUGCGCACCGUCUUCCGGAAUGCCAGGGUCUUCACUGGCUCGCAGGACGCCUCGUCGUACGGAAAGCAUUCAUGCAUGAUCAUCAAUGACGACCUGAUCGAAUAUGUGGGCGACGGUUCCGAUGCCGACGUGCAAGCAGCAACCGGUGGAGGGGCCAAAGUGGUCGACCUCGACAACAAACAUACCCUGGCACCAGGCUUUAUCGACGGCCAUAUGCAUCUCCUGAUGUUCGGGACGUCGCUGCAGAAGAUAAGCCUGGAGCAUUGUCGGACGCUGGCGGACAUCCAGUCCACGAUCAAAGACGCCGCCAGAGCGGAUCCGUCGAAACGCCGCAUUCUGUGUCGUGGCUGGAUGCAUUUCAUGACCGGUGGGAAAGCAUUAGCAAAGGACCUGGAUGGGCUUGACGAGCUGGACCGGCCCAUCUUCAUCGACUCGAAAGAUUUGCAUUCCACGUGGUGCAACACCGCGGCAUUGCAGGAGAUGGGUGUGCAAGACAUGCCAGAUCCGCCCGGUGGAGAGAUCAAACGGGACGAGCAGGGGAAUGCCACCGGCUUGCUGAGCGAGGCCGCCGCCAUCACGAUUGUAUGGCCGCAUCUCGCCAAAGUGGCGUCGAUGGAAGAAAAGCUCUCGGCGAUCCGCCAGGCAAUCACGACGUACAACUCUUCGGGGUAUACGGGCAUGGUGGAAAUGGCCAUGGACGAAAACGCAUGGGAAGCCCUGCUUCAGCUGAGAUCUACGGAGGAGCUGACCAUCCGCGUGGCGGCCCACUGGCUGAUCUAUCCGUCCAAGACCAAGGAGGAGAACUUCCGCCAGGUUGAUCGCGCCAUUGAGCUGUGGAAGCAAUACAACCUGCAGACAUCCCCGAAUUUCCGGAUCGCGGGGAUCAAAGUCAUUGGCGACGGAGUGAUUGACGCGUGCACGGCGGCCUUGCUCGAACCAUACUCGUCAAAUGGAGUCUCGUGCGAUCCGCUGUGGGAUCCAGCCAUGCUCAAGAGCGUCGUCGAACGAGCCGAUGCCGCGGGGCUGCAGUGCGCAUUGCACGCCAUUGGCGACGCGACAAUCAAGAUGGCCAUCGACGCGCUGGAGACCGUUGCUUCCAGUGGGCGGCGCCAUCGCAUCGAGCACCUGGAGCUGACAUCCCCAGGGGACGCCAAACGGCUGAGCGAGGCUGGCAUCACCGCGUCGAUCCAAGCAGUGCACGCCGACCCGGCCAUACUACGGCAGUGGACUAAGUUGCUGGGAGAGCAGCGGCGAGGUCGUGCCUUCGCGUACCGAGAAUUCCUCGACGAGGGCGUGAGUCUCGCGCUGGGCACAGACGCCCCUACAGCUCCGAACCUGCCUCUGCCGAAUCUGUACGUGGCCACAACCAGGAGAUCAGCAAGGGAGCCGGAAUCGCAGGAGGUCGUCAACGAGCACUUUGCGUUGCCUCUGCUGGACGCCUUCUCGGCGGCCACGCAGGGUGCGGCAUACAGCUGCUUCAUGGACAGGAUCACGGGGAGGUUGGAGGUCGGCAUGAAGGCUGACUUUGUGGUCUUGGACAUGGAAUGGUCCGCAGCGACUUUGCUGCAGGCAAAGGUUCUCCAGACCUGGUUCAAUGGACAACAGGUGUACAUAGCUCAAUAAAGACAGACAUCAGCGUUACAUGGUAGCAUCGGCACUGCA